UUGACGGAGUGUUGCGCACAACAAGCCGCCGCCGCCGCCGCCGCUGCCUCUCUCUCCGGAGGAAAAAUUUUGCCAUCGGACAUUUCUAUUUUCAACGAGUUUUACAGACAGUGCUCGUCAACUCGACCGUGUGUAGACACACGGGCUGCGUGCGGACUGCGAUGAAGCAUCGGGGAGUCGAGAGAGAGCGCAUCGUCAGAGAUCGAAGGUGAGGUGCGCCGUUUUUGCAGAUGCGCGUCGACGACGAUUCGUGUGAGUCACCACGGUUGACUCUUCGAGUGCGUCGCGCUUCAGACGACGCGCUCAAACGUGCUCUCGCGCGGGAUUCCCCAUGCUCUCGGCGAUGAAGAAGCAGUGUUUAAAAAAGCUGCUCGGUCAUCAGCGAGGCGGGCCCUCCUCGAAAACUCGUCGUCGACAGGGAUGAGAGGUCACUUAGGAACUUGCGAAGCGUCUCGCGCGAGACACGGUGUGCUCCGCCCGAUCAGAUUCAGCACCGUAGUCACGUGGGACAGCAGCUGGCCACCUACCACCGAUGACAAUGGAGAACAAACAAACGAUUCUGCUUGCACCGUCGCUGAGCAACAGCAGUUGCUGGCGAGGCGGCACGUCCGAGGCCGCUUGGACAGGUCCGGGUCCCGGCGAACUGAUACGAGCCACCUUGAUCCUGCUGCUCAGCGUCGGUAUCUUGGCCGCCAAUCUUCUCGUGAUAUGCGUUAUCAACAGCAGACGGUACAGCAAGUACAUACACGCUCAGCCUAGAUAUCUGCUGACGAGCUUGGCGAGUAACGACCUGGCGAUUGGGCUUCUGGUUACGCCUUUCGGUUUCUUGCCGGCUGUUUACGGAUGCUGGCCGUACGGCGAAGUUGUCUGUCAAAUUCAGGCACUUCUCCGGGGCGCUUUGACUCAACAGAGCGCCGUUAUUCUCGUCUGCAUGGCAGUCGACCGUUACGUUUGCAUGCUGCAUCCUCACCGCUACCACAAGCACUCUUCCAAAAGGUAUUACAUGCGGCAGGGUUGCGUGGCGGUGAUGUCGACCACGUGGAUCGCGAGCGUGGCGAUUUUCGGGGUCCUGGUUCUACCCAGAGGCGGUUACUACUUCAACGGGUCCGGCUUGCUCGCCUGCGAUCCUUUCUUCGCAAGGGCGUCUCUUAGAAUUCUGGCGUGUUGCUGUUUUUAUUUCCCAACGACGAUGGUGCUCAUGUAUUGCUACGGCUCGGCCUUUCACGUUAACAAACUGCGCUUGAAAGGGGUGGUUUGCGAUAACACGCCGGAGGUAGUCAGCAGCGGCCAUAUCGAGAGGCUCGUCGCUCACGAGAUACAAUUGUCGACCUCGGCCUCGCGCACAAUGGCCGCGAUGAGUUUUGGUUUCAUCGUCAUGGUCACGCCGUGGACGAUCCAGGAAGUCGUUGCAGCCUGCACCGGAAGCAAGCCGCCGCCGUUCCUCGACUUCCUGGCCACGUGGCUCGCGCUCUCCAACAGCUUCUGGAAUCCCUUCCUCUACUGGCUGUUCAACAAUCAUUUCCGCCGAAUCUCGAGGGAACUUCUUUACACUAAGAUUCUUUGCAGAUCUAAGCCACUGGGAGCGAAGCAGCACUGCUGCGCGACCAGCACCGGCGGUCUGGACGUGUGCAGCAUCGCCGGGAUGGACGUCGCACCGUCGCUCGGUUUAUCAGGUCUGGAGCGUUGCUCAAUGGAACGAUGCUCAAUGGCGCGUUGUUCCUCAUUAUCUCUGGCGAAUACGCCGCCGCCGCUCCCUUGGGAGACUGGACACGUGACACACAGUGAAGUCGCGCCCACGUGAGCCAGAGAUGCCGCCACGCAGACGGAUUUCGGAUCUCCAGACAACGCCAGUUAGUACAGCGUGGCGGCAAGCCGGCUUCAACUCUUCCGUGGACAACACCGUCGUCGUGAGGACGACGUCGCACCCUCGCUGGCACGAGGGAUGCGGCGGGAGGAGGAGGAGGAGAACAAUGAACGUGGUCGUGGGUUCGAGUACGCGCGCUUCAAGAGUCUGCCGGAUCUUAUUCGGAAUCUGGAAACGCGAUGAAAUCGCGUGCGUCCCCGCGCGUACAUAUAUAUAUAUAUAUGUAUAUACGUGCGAUCGCGGGUUUAUAUUUCCACCCCUGAAAUCUUCCGCGUCCUGAUCUCCCGCAGAGUGGGAUACGCGGGAGAGUAGCAUAUCUUGAUCGCGCGCGGAUUCCACCCGCUCGUAAACGCGCGUCGUACAACAUACCGCGAUUAGCUUCUUCCCGCGUGUCGCGCGACAGGAUCGAUUGCAGAAAUUAAUUACGGCGUCAACGCCGGGGGGGGAUACUAAUCGCGCCGUUUUCUCGACGAUGUACAGAGAGAGAGACGUUUAAUCACGGCGAGAAAAGGACCUCUUGCGAGUAUUAACGUCAUUCACGCGACUAUGCGUCCACGCUUCGUUUUCCACGAUUGAUUAUUAACGCGUGAGUGAGUCACCGUUGCACCAAGUGCGCUCGACCAUAAAAUUGCUUCUUCCUCGAACUUUAAACUUCUCGCGCUUUAUUACAUUAAAGCGCACUUUAAAGUAAAGAUACCGAAAAUUUAUACAAUACAGAUUUAUUCUCGCGGAAAUUCUUUGAUCUCUUUUGUUGUCUUGAAAGAUGCAAUUUGUUAAGAAAUUUAAUUGAGAACGAUGUAAAAUGUUUAGCGCGACACACUCACGCUGUAAGGAGAAAAUUGCGAUUGAAAAUUGCGUGACGAAAAAAAAAAAAAAUAAAAAAAAAUCUCAACGCGCGAUUUUGACGAUUGGUUGCUCAAUAAUAAGGAGCUCAUUGCGCCGUGAGGCGUAUAACUUGUUAUAUAUCCGUAAAAUAGUAGUGCACACGUAAUUCAUAUAGAAAACCCGACGGAGAGACACGCACAAGAAAUGGGGGGAAUCGUCCUUUUAAUAUCGCAGAAUUUUAUACCGCAACAAAUUGCCACAGAUAAAAGCGUUGCUUUCAUCAAUUAUCGCAAAAAUUUAUUCUAUUUAUUCUACAUAUUUUUCGGGCUUUCUUCGAAUUAUUAUUCGGCAGCAUUAAACAAAACGUAUUUGCCGAAAAUGUUAAACAAACGCAAUAUAAUCAUAUUGCAAAUUUAUUUGCAUAAAUGGUAGGCGGAGUAAUGCAACAUUUAAUCGCAACAAGAGCACGAAUUAUCAAUUAUUAUUAUUUCUUUCACAUUUGUUAAAAUAAUAACGAGCGUGUAUAUCUAGAGAUUUGCUUGUUUGUUUUUACGUCAGACUUGUGCAAGCGUAUAGAAUUGAAGAAAAAUUUUUCACCGCGUAAUUUAUAGAUAGAAAUAAAUUAUAUUAAGAAAAAAAUUACAUUGAACUGUGUUAUAUAUCGAAAGAUUCAUCGAACUAUAUCCGAGAAACGGCAAUGACAUUUCUGCUUUAAACGAGAGAAACACGGAAUCGAUGCUGUACAUGUUUGCGGCGUAAUGUUGUGUUGGUGGGGGAAUAGAAUCUUCUUGUAUACGGUAAGAAGAAAUUACCUUCCACCGACACGUAGGCUUUUCUGAGUUGAGAGAGAAGAUGCCGAGACGAUCGAAGAUGGAACUGCUAAUGAGGUCGACAACGCCGAGUCUCUCAUACGCAACACGUUUUUCAAAUCAAUUGAAAUAAAAUUCAACGUCGCGACUAUAAUUAAUAAAUGAGAUUCGCGCGAAAUAUAAUUACACUUUCGCAACGCGUAACGACACAAACACUCUUCUCUGAUUAUGAAAGGAUUUGCUUUUAAAAAAAAUUCUACUCUGUGCGGCUUUUGUCUUGUCAAAAAUUUUUCUUCGAAAAUUUAUAACCCGUUUGUUUCUCCUCUAAAUAUCUUCUCUCUUUCUCUCCCUCUCUCUCUCUCUCUCUUUCUUGAAGUUAAAUAAACGGAAUUUAAAUGCAAAUUACCAUUUAUGUUCAAAAACAAGUUUGUUUUGCGUUUCAAAAUGUUUAAGUUCUUCGAGAGAGUACUACGUGCUAGCUAGGUCUAUAUAAGUGGUAAGAAUUACAGUUUUCCGAAAGUUUUAAGCAUUAAGAAACCCAUUUGGCGACGAAUUUUAUGUAAAACUAAACGCUGCUGUAUGAGCAUUUGCGUGAAACUAUAAAAUUCACUGUAAUAUUUCAUUCGACGGUGUAUAUACAUAUAUUUAUUAUCCGUAUACCAGCUGAUAAAUCAUUAGUUGCGGCUUUCAAGGUUGUCGAUAACGAAGCGUACCUCAAGAUGGCAAUACAGAGCUCUCUGAAGCUUUUGCCACGAAAGUCUAAUAUCCAGCUUACGUUUGAAAUCUCAAGAGGCUGCUUAUCCGAAGUACCUCUUAUGUAUUUGCAUAUGUGAGGAAAAGUAUAAUCAGAAUAUAUAUAUAUAUAUACAUAUAUAUAUUCAACUGAUUAAUGUAUAUAUAUAUAUA